AUGAAAUUCGUUUUAUUUCUAACUGUUGUACUAAAAAUUACAUUAGCAGAUGAUAUGUCGUCUCUUGACGACACGACGCAAAUGUUCAACAAGAGUUUGGAAUCAUGUCUGAAGAAAAAUCCCAAUGUAUCCAAAGAAACAAUAAUGACAGCUCUAACAACAGUCUUUAAAGAGCCCAUAACGCCAGAAGUCAAGUGUAUUCUUCAUUGUAUCGGAAAAGAUAUGGGUGAGAUGAACGAUGAUGGCGUGAUUAUUGUAGAAAAGUCCCUUCAAAAUGUUCCGGCGAACAUGAAUAAAGAUGUUGUUAAGACAAUUGAAGAGGAAUGCAUAACACUCAUGGGAACAGACAAAUGCGAUACUGCUUUUUUGCAAUUUAAGUGCAUAAGCGAGAAGGCAAUUCAUAAAAAGGAUGAUUUGGUGAAAAAAUCUUAA